AUGGACCAGUUUCCCAGCGCCAGGGUCCCCCCCGACCAAGACGGCGACGUGGCAGCCUCUAUUCUCACGCAAUCAACCGUGAGCGGUGGCUCCUACAAUGCCAUGCCACCCUUCGACAUGAACCAUGGAUUCAACUAUCCCUCCUCCGAGUCUUCCGAACAAUGUUAUGACCAGAGCCACCAUGCCCAAACUGCCUCAUCUGUCACAAGCUAUACGCCCAUGAACCUGUACAGGGUCGACUAUCUUCCUUACGAUAUGAUGUCAUCAACUGGCCCUGUUGACCCCCAAGACACUAUGCUGCAGGGAAUUACCGGCGGCGGGUCUUCGAUCAACACGGCCAUGCUCGCGAAUUUAGGAAGUAAGAACAUGGAAGAAGACCUGUCUGCCGCUUCAAACUCUCUUGGGCGGAAUGACGAGACAAGUGCUUUGAUUGGAUUGACUCGUGCUGAGGCAAGAGUCUCACAGCCGCCAACAGGGGACCCUGGCCCAGGACAGACCCUCAGGGAAUUCAACAUUGAUUACUGUAAGGUUCUAUUCGACGAGGAGUGCAGUCAGGAUGCAGUCCGCCAAGCCAAACAGAAGUGGGUUCUUUUGGGGGACCAUUUGGAUGCCUUCCAGAGACGUCAGAACUCCUCGACCGUGCCGCCUGAUCAUACCCCGCCAUCCUCCACCAAGUCGUCGACCGUCAACAGAUACAAAUGUCCGGAGUGUGAUAAAUGUGACACGAACAACAGAGGAAUCUUCACGCGGCAUGUCAAUGAUAUGCAUCACCCGAAAUGCCAAUUCAUCUGCUCCGAACACAGCUGUCCUUUUCAGAGACCUAGAAAACAUCAGCUCAAAGAUCACAUCCAGCUCAGACACAAGCGUGUGGCCACCGAGGAAGAGCUCGAGGCAUGCAGACGCGAUAAUGCUUGUCCACCUCUAUGCCCUUUCUGCUUUGUCAAUACAUCUUCGUGGAAAGAUUUUGAUAAGUGUUACCUUUUGCACUGUUCCUACGGGACCGGGAUAUCAUCUCGUCGUACAAGCGUCGACCAAGGAACCGUUGGAAAAGAGGAUACACUCAAUACCGACCAGUCACAGCCAGGUCCGAGCCCUGCGCCGGUUCAAGCACCGAGUAGAUCAACAAACACUCCUGGAGCGGUCGGCUACCAUCAUUCCGUCUUUGGGGGGAAUGGUCCAACACCGCAUCCCACGGUGCCUCCAAGUUCCUCCUCCUCCCCAUUCAGAGGCAACGCCGGUCCAAACUACCCCCCAGGUAAUGCAAAGCACCGCCCUAACACCGGACAGCCUACCCCAGGGCCUCGUCGCCCUCAUCACCAAUCCGGGCUCCCUAAUCGUAGUGCACAGAACCUGGAACAACGAUCAUACAGGCAAGGAUCUGGCCUGAGCUGCCGACGAUGCUCACACAAAUUCAACAAUUGCCCGACGUGCCACAGUUCAAAUAAAUCGACCCGCUUCUGCCACAAAUGUCCGGAUUUCCUUAUGAUCCUAGCCAGGGCUACAGCCAACCAUGAACAACAGAUGGGUGGCCCACCGCAAGGCGUACCAAAUUUCAUCGACCCAACUGUAACUUUGCUCAACCAAGGACAUCAGGCCCAGCCAAGUCCCAAUCAAGCAAUGCAAGGGCAGUAUCCAUCUGGUACCACUUAUUUCAGAGUCCCAGAUUAUAAUCCAAAUGGCGGCAUGGGCCCAGGGUUCGAUGGCCAGCAGAGAAACUACCGGACCAUGCCCGUCUUGGGUCUUGACGAGCCCGUCUUCAGCGAGUCCGAGAUGGUAUGGCCAUCGGCGCUUGAUAUCAAGACAACUUCGCUCAGCGGAUCUUUGCUCAAAAUGCUCCCAAUGAUAGAUCUGGAUCCAUUCAAGAAGUGGCUAUGCAAGCCGCUUCAAGGACUAGGGUCAUUGGCUCUCAGUGGUCUUGACUUCGUCACCCAGUUUGAUCCACCUUCAAGCAAAAUUGCAAUGGUGAACCCAGACUGCCAGUGCAAGUGUGCAUGUCGAGCUAAAGCCCGAGCUGAGCUAGCAUCAGGCCGCAAAGUCGAGAUGAAAUUUAAGCUGCGCCCUGUGUAUCGUGGUACCAGUCAUCUCCGCAGCCGGGUUGAGAUCGUGGUGAAGCUUUUAAAAUUACGCUCAUCCGUGACUGAGUCAAAGGCCAAAAGAGAAGAGGCCAAGUCAGCGAUCGCGCAAGCUUUCGAGCCGACCCUAGGCGACCGCGCCGAGGAAAUCACCAACUAUGAUUCUGAUGUUUCGGAUGAGUCGGAUGCCGAAUCUGUGUUUGAUGAAGAUGAAGAUGACACCGAUGCACUGUCUACAUCCUCCUCCUAUGCCGAUCUCCAGACUCUUGUCUCCACCAAGUCGAGCUCUUCCACCUCUCCGGUGGACUCGUCUGAUAACUCGUUGCUGCACUUCAGUGACGGUGAGAGUGAAGAAAACAAUGAUGGCGAUAUCCUUAUCGAGUUCAACUUCGACCUAGGCGCCGCCCUUUCCAAAUUGGAGAAAUGGACAGGUGGGUCGUCCAUGGAUAUGCUUUCGGACAUGUGCACCUCGGACCCUGGCCGACUCUUCGAGUACCUCACUGCAUAUAUCCUGUACGUGAUCAUGUCCUUGGCCCAUUCGCAAGACCAUGGCAGUCUACGCCGCUUGGACAAUUAG